AUGGGUAAAAGGAGUAUCACGCUUUUGUCUGAUUUCUUUCUCAUGGGACUGACAGACUCUGAAGACAUCCAGCUGGUCCUCUUCACCCUCUUCCUCCUGAUGUACUUGAUCACUGUGCUGGGGAAUAUGGGGAUGAUACUGAUAAUCUGCCUGGAUUCCAAGCUUCACACACCCAUGUAUUUUUUCCUCAGUCAUUUGUCAUUUCUUGACCUCAUUUACUCAAGUGUCAUCACCCCUAAAACCCUAGACAACUUACUGACUUCUAUCAAAACUAUUUCAUACCUGAACUGCUUCACUCAGAUGUAUUUCUUUGUCUUUUUGGGUGCCACUGAAUGUUUCCUUCUCUCCUCCAUGGCCUAUGAUCGCUAUGUAGCUAUCUGCAGCCCUCUGCAUUACCCCGUUGUAAUGUCCAUCAGGCGAUGCUGUUCUCUUGUCUUUGGAUCUUAUUUGAUUGGCUUUACAGAUUCUUUUGUCAAUGUGUUUUGCAUGAACAAAUUGCAUUUCUGCGACUCCAAUGUAAUCUAUCACUUUUUCUGUGACACAUCCCCAAUUCUAUCCCUGUCCUGCACUGACACACACAACAUUGAAAUCAUGAUAUUCAUUGUUGCUGGCUGUACCCUAGUGGUGUGUCUUAUCACAAUAUCCAUGUCCUAUGUGUCCAUCCUGUCCACCAUCCUGAAAAUUACUUUCACUUCAGGGAAGUGGAAAGCCUUCUCUACCUGUGCCUCCCAUCUCCUGGGAGUAACCAUCUUUUAUGGCACUAUGAUUUUCACUUACCUAAAACCAAAUAAGUCCUACUCCUUGGGAAACGAUCAAGUAGCUUCUGUUUUUUAUACUAUUGUCAUCCCCAUGCUGAAUCCCCUCAUAUGCAGUCUUAGAAACAAAGAAGUGAAAAAUGCUGUCAGUAGAGUCAUUCAGAAAAGAAAGAUUUCAAAGCAAUUAAAAUAA